AUGUAUGUUGUAUGUCCUCCAGACGGUGACGGUCUUGUUUUGUGUUGCAGGAAGAGCAGCAAGCCUCAUGAGGACAUCCUCGGGAUACAAUCCAAAAGCCAGAAGCUGGGAAUGAACAGCAUGGGUCUGACCCAGAGCAAGAACUUCUUGAUGAGUAAAUUCUCCUCCCUCAACCAAAAGGUCAAACAAACCAACAUCGGAAAUCUCCGCAAGUUGGGUCCCUUUAACAAGGAAGUGAAGGGCUUCCUCAAACCCAACCUGCAGGCCAAUCCUUGGAAAUCCGACAGCAGCCUGGAAAAUCCCGGCACAGAGACCAAAGACCACGCGGAGUCGGACUUGGAGCUCUCGUCAGACAGCGACUCCUUCCAUUCCGAUGACUACAUUCCGAAGUCGGAUGACGACGGGCUGGUCUCGGGCUCUCUAGAGAACAUCGGGCAGCUGGACUAUGUCCUCCCGAGCUGCGGGAUCAUCGCCUCUGCCCCACGCUUGGGCGGCCGGUCGCAGUCCGUCAGUAGUGCUGAGCCAAGUCUCCACCACCCUACGGAGAUCCAGGUGACCCAGUGCGAAGCAUCACCGGAGCAGAAGGUUCUUGUGGAUUUCGGAACGCCGAUCGACGCUUACUGCCACCAGUUUGUCCACGAUGCCCAGACCAAAGAUGGCGACUGUGCGGGCAGCGAUGGUGGUAAAGAACAAAUGGACCAAGUAGUAUUGCGCAAUAAUUCCCCCCGACCAUCUACUGAAGUGGAGCCGGAAAUAGAACAACUUCCUCGGCCCUCCCAGCUGGAGGUGUCUGGAACUGACGCCGGCUCCCGCUUGUCUGUAGACUUUUCCGCGGCCUCGGGCCGGUCCAGCCCCGGCUCUGGCGCCUCCCCGGCCGACAGCAGCGGCAGCAGAGUUGUCUCUCCGUUCGCCAAGAUCCGCAGUUCUGUCGUCCAAGUGGCAAACAUCACCCAGGCCGGGCUGGCGCAAGGCAUUAACUUUGCCGUGGCUAAAGUGCAGAAGUCUCCGGAGCCGACGACCGUACCGGCCCAGCUACCCAACGACUUCAAGGAACUGUUCACACAGUGUCAGACCCGCAUCAUACAAAUCUAAUGACCACCGCCGGCUCCGCCCACAUAUAGGACGUCACUUCCAACAAUGUUUACAUUUUUA